AUGCACCGGAGCCAUGGGGGCGGGCAGCCCCGGGGCCCUGGCCGCCGCGCCCCGGCCGGCGCCCAGGCGGGCAAGGCGGUUUAUAUAGGGUGCCCCGCGCUCGCCCGGCGCAUGGAGCCGCAGCCUCCCUCUCCCGCUCUCUCCAUCAAGGUGAUGCCGCCGGAGCCGCUGCCCAAGGGGAGCUCCCGCUGUCUGGACCCGCACUCCCGAGCCAUGUCGCAGCCCGACGCGGAGCCUCUGCCUGGAACCCUGGAGAAGGAGGACGCCCGCUCAGCGCCCAGCACCCCUUCCACGCCGUCCGUCUGCUCCCCGCCAUCCUCCUCCUCCUCCACGCCGUCGGCCGGCAAAAACGUCUGCUCCAGCUGCGGGCUGGAGAUCCUCGACCGGUACCUGCUGAAGGUGAACAACCUCAUCUGGCACGUCCGGUGCCUGGAGUGCUCCGUGUGCCGCACCUCGCUGCGCCAGCAGCAUAGCUGCUACAUCAAGAACAAGGAGAUCUUCUGCAAGAUGGACUACUUCAGCCGGUUCGGUACCAAGUGUGCCCGCUGUGGCAGGCAGAUCUACGCCAGCGACUGGGUGCGGCGGGCGCGGGGCAAUGCCUACCACCUGGCCUGCUUCGCCUGCUUCUCCUGCAAGAGGCAGCUCUCCACGGGCGAGGAGUUCGGCCUGGUGGAGGAGAAGGUGCUGUGCCGGAUCCACUACGACACCAUGAUCGAGAACCUGAAGCGCGCGGCGGAGAACGGCAAUGGGAUCACGCUGGAGGGGGCUGUGCCCUCGGAGCAGGACAGCCAGCCCAAGCCAGCCAAGAGAGCCCGCACCUCCUUCACGGCCGAGCAGCUGCAGGUGAUGCAGGCACAGUUCGCUCAGGACAACAACCCCGACGCACAAACGCUGCAGAAGCUGGCGGACAUGACGGGGCUGAGCCGCAGAGUCAUUCAGGUUUGGUUUCAAAACUGCAGAGCCCGCCAUAAAAAACACACCCCGCAGCACACGGUGCCGCCCUCGGGAGCGCCCCCGUCCCGCAUCCCCUCCUCGCUGUCCGAUGACAUCCACUACUCGCCCUUCAGCAGCCCCGAGCGGGCCCGGAUGGUGACGCUGCACGGAUACAUCGAAAGUCAGGUACAGUGUGGACAAGUGCACUGUAGACUUCCCUACACUGCUCCACCAGUGCACCUCAAAGCAGAUAUGGAAGGACCACUGUCUAAUCGGGGUGAGAAGGUCAUCCUCUUCCAGUACUGACUGCGAGGACUCUUCCUCAGCUGCCCCUGAGCCGCUGGCAGCGCCCGGCCCCGCGGGAGCAGCUCAGCCCCAGCACUCUCAGCUCCUCCAUUGAGCAGCACCUCGCGCCCGCUCCGACUCCUCCAGCGACACUCUGUGUAUGUGUGUGUUGAGUGCACAGUCACAUUUUACACUUGUUUCUUGUGGACUUGUAGAAUGACCGUGAGUCUCUCCAAGGCAGUGCCAGACACAGUCAAAACUGGUGACUCUGCUGUGCUUGCAAGUCUUGCUCCCAAACCCACGGGAUACGAACAGCCCGGAACACGCCGAGUCUCAGGGCGGUCGAUGAUCGCCUCUGGACACAAAGGAAGGAGGAAUUUUCGUGGUUUGGCCUGAUUCUCUUCUUGCACCAGUGAAGCAGUUCCUGGACAUCCCUCCUUCUUUCCACUCGCUUGUGUGAAAUCCGAAAUUGGCUUUUUGGCUCAGCAACUCGAUGUAUAGACAGACCUGCCUGAGCCAAACUCGCAGGUAGCUGAGACUCCAAUGAGUGGAAAACAUGAUGCCAGCUGGAAAUAGGCAGUUUUUCUUCCUCCUCAAAGUGCUUUAGAAUCACAUGUCCUUUGAUCACUCAAAGGUUUCCAGCACACCCUUGGUUUGCCCAGAUUGUCUCGUUCUGCACUUUGGGAUUUCCUGGGCUCCCAGGAAAGCACCAGGACAAGUCACUCCAAGGAUCUUGGCCCUGCCAGACUGAUCCCAAAAUGUCUUGGUUUGUGAUCUGAGCCUGUGCAAAUUAAACACAUGUUCAUAAGCCCUGCUUAACCUGCAUGGAGUUUAACCAGAUGUAAAAACUGAACGAGAGAUGUGAAUUUCAACUUUGUGCAUGAAAAGGAAAAAUGGAUGGGAUGACUCAACAUGAAGUAAAUCCCUAGGACUGCCAUCCAGCCCCGUGUGAUGUACAGCUGCUCCUCGGUCUAGGUAAGGGGAAAUGAAAGAAUUGCUCCAGGCUAGGGAGAAGAAGCACAGCCCAGGGAUGAGAAUGGCUCCAGGGCUGGCUAUGGGAGAGGAGGCAGGGAAAUAUUAGAAUGUAAAGAGUUAAGCUAUGGUAAAACAUACUUUUGCCACACUAAAGAAGACUGGUUGAUAAUUACUGUAGUUUUAGGGCUAUUUGAAUCAGUGCAGCUGCAACCUCUUCAGUAGUAACCCCUGAAACAAGACAAACUGGGUUUAUUGUACUGAACAAGUCUUAAAGCUCCUCCCUGAUUGUUAGUAAUUGGCAGCAAUGGACUUAACAGCCUCUUGACUACCCUUUUUACACUCUACCUGACUGUGCAGCUAACAAUUUAAAUCACAGAUGCCGAUCCUUCUUUGUGGCAGCUGCUUGUUAACUACACGUUCCUCUUUUUCUGCCACUGGCUGCUUCCAUAACCCUGCAACACCAGGGUUAGAUUGGAGAAUCACAUUUCAUCAAUAUUUAAAAUGGAAUUAAACCUUGAAGUUUGAUUAAUGCUACCAGAUAGUGAGUUGUAAUUACUAUUUUGCAAAUUACAAUUGUUUGAAUAUGUUAAUAUGAUUGUCUAAGCACAUCUUCACCUUCAGAAGUAAUUUUCCUUUUAAAAAAGAUUUGAAAAAAAUACAAACUCUUUAAUCAGUGCUAAAUUAUCACCCUGUGCACAAUUAGGUAGAAUGGGGUUCUUCGUGUGGUGUGCUGAAUUUUGUGUCGGUGUAUUUAUCUUUAAAAGUUUAUCCAUUUUUUUAGAUUUUCCUCAGUAGAAUAAACAGUGAUGGAACAGACUUUGCUGAAAGAGGACUAACCAUGCUGAUGUUGGAAGGUAAUGGGAAAAAGCUUUGUCUUAGCAUUUCACUGCUCUGGUGUAUCCCUAUUCUGUUAGUAAAUGUUACCCAUUUUAUUUCUUCCAAAGUCAGUGAAUUAUCAUUAUUAUAAUGACAUAUUAUUGGAAUCUUGAAACUGAAACAGCAAAAGAUUGUAAUGGAUGAGCUCUUGAAUUAUUUCCCUGUGUCUCAAUCAAAAAUGAGAUCAGUUUCUAGCACCCACUAAAUAUAUCCUGAAUAUUGUGGGUGAGCUCCUCAGCCAGCCCACGCUGGGACAGCUCUCUGUCAUUUUGGUGAUUAAUUCAGGCUGUUUUCAUUGAGCAGGCACAGGGAGCCAGCCUGGCAGCCACCUGCACCACUGCUCCCCAGAAACAGCAUCAGCCCACAAAAGGUGAUUAGACAGGAGGGAAGUGUCCUGACCUCGCUGUCCCAC